AGACCGUUGUUCAUGAAGAAUUCUACGUGUAAUUGUACAAUUGAGCAAAAGGAUUACCAGUUGGUUUGACACUCAUCAUUACAUUUAAAAAAUAAAACGUUUUUUUUAUCUAAAUGUGCGUUUUAUUUGUGUAUAGAUAAAAUAAUAAUAAGAGCAAAACAUUCACAAGUCAAUUUCUCCAUAGAUUACUUAUUUCUAUCUGGAGGAAAUAUUGUAAACAUGAACAAACUAAAUUCUUAAGUAUACAGUCAGUACAACUUAAACUAUGUAAGUGCAUGUAAGUUACACAGACAGUAAAUAACAUUAGUUAUUUACUGCCAUUAUUUAGAAUAUGAAAUCACCUAAUCCCACAAUACAUAUUUAAUUUUUUUUUAAAUUGUUUCUUUUUAGUUUGGUGGCAAAUUCAAAUAAAAACAACAGAUUUGGAAAAUCUUGGAAUGGAACCAUAAAACCCACAGUAUGGCCAUCCCUAUUGCUAUUCUGGAUUGUGAUCUACUUCUCCAUGGUCGAGAUCAUAAGGCCCUGGAACGCUUUGACCUGAAUUCUGUGUCUGACGACUUCCUGCUUGCACAGUUUGGCUUUCCUCGAGAUUUUAUCCUGUAUCUGGUCAAAAUACUGAGUGAAGAUCUUUGUCGACGUACUCUACGGUCCAGAGCCAUCAGUCCUGAGGUCCAGGUGUUGGCUGCCUUGGGCUUUUACACUUCAGGCUCAUUCCAGACAUCUAUGGGAGAUACUAUAGGAAUCAGCCAGUCCUCCAUGUCAAGAUGUGUAUCCAAUGUGACCAAAGCCCUCGUGAAAAAGGCCCCUCAAUUCAUCACAUUUAAACAUGAUUUUUUGAACAGAGAGCUGACCUACCAGAACUUUCAGAGAAUUGCAGGAUUUCCAGGUGUACUAGGAGUGCUAAACUGUGUUCAGAUUGCUAUUAAAGCUCCAAACAGUGGAAACCCUUCAUAUGUGAAUAAGAGAGAGUUUCAUUCUGUUGGCUGCCAGCUGGUGUGUGAUGCUCAGGGACUGUUACUUAGUGUAGAAACCUACUGGCCUGGUGGACUCAACGAAACUGAAGUCCUAGAAAAAUCUGCCCUCUACAAACAGCUUCAAGGCAUCAGCGAGGGCUGGCUGCUGGGUGAGUCUUGUUACACACAGAGGAAGUGGCUGAUGACACCAAUCGACAUUCCAAAAACCCAGGCAGAUUUUCAGUAUAAUCUUGCCCAUGCUGCUACACAUGAGAUCGGGGACCAGACCUUCAAAGCCUUGCAGACCAGAUUCCGGUGUUUAGACAGCACCAAAGGGUACUUGCAGUAUUCUCCAGAGAUGAGUUCUGCCAUUCUACUGGCCUGUUGUGUCCUUCACAACGCCUCCCUAGAGUCUGGACUGGCCUGCACUCUGGAGGAGACAGAACCGCGAGAGCAACACAAGAGUGUGGAACAGAGGCAUGACGAGUGUGACAGCGAAGGAGAGGAGCUUAGGAGAAAGCUUAUAAGCAAACACUUCAGUUAGAAAUAGCAUUCACCACUGGUGGACCCCAUCAGUACAACUGUUUACACUUGGCAUUAAAUACCUCCUGUUAUGUACAAAUGUUCAUAGAAUUAUAAUUGUAAUAUAUAACCAAGACAAUCCUAUUAAAAAAGAGAAAUACACAAGAGACGUGUUGCUGAUGCAGUUUUAAUAUUUUGCUGGAUUCUACUCUACGAGCUACAAUAAGAUUAAUAUAUA